CUAAUCUGUGUUUCGGCCUUGCAGCUAUACCCCUUGGUCGUCUUUCGCAUCUAUUACAGCGUUUGGCGUCUUCCAGAUGGCGCAACGGAAGAGACUUGUCGUUGUCGGCCUGGGCAUGGUUGGCAUCGCCUUCAUGUGAGUGUUGGCGAAGAAGGGGGCCCUGGAGCCGCGCGACUGGACCGACCGGUCGACUGACUGACUUUUUUUUUUUAAUCAAGUGAGAAGAUGCUAAAGCUGGAUGCCCGCGCAAACGAGUACACCAUAACGGUCCUCGGAGAGGAGCCUCACCUGGCCUACAACCGCGUCGGUCUGACGAGCUUCUUCGACCACCGCAAAGUAGAGAAUCUGUAUCUCAACCCUGAAGAAUGGUACCACAGCACGCCCCAAGGCUCAUUGGGUUACCACGUCAAUACCAAGGUCACAGGCAUAGACUCCCAGGCAAAGACGGUGACGUGCUCAAACGGCGAGGUCGUGCCCUACGACAUGCUCGUCAUCUCCACCGGCUCAGAUGCCGUACUCCCUAAACACACCCCGGGACAUGACGCAAAGGGCGUAUUCGUAUACCGCACGAUUGAUGACCUAAUCAGCCUCAUCGCCUUCGCCGCGCAGCGAAAAGGCACCGUGGGCGCAGUCGUCGGCGGCGGUCUCCUCGGUCUCGAAGCGGCCAAGGCCAUGAUGGACCUGAACUGCUUCGACAAGGUCAAGCUGAUUGAGAGAAACCGCUGGGUGCUGAGUCGACAGCUCGACAGCGACGCCGGCUCCAUGGUCGUGGGCCAGGUCACGGAUCUCGGCCUCGACGUGCUCCUCAGCAAGCGAGUGGGCCGGAUCGAGGUGACGGGAGACAAUCACGUCAGGGGCGUCGUCUUCGAGGACGGCGAGCGCAUGGACUGCUCGACCAUCUGCUUCGCCAUCGGCGUGCGCCCGCGCGACGACCUCGCCCGGAGGGCCGGCAUCAAGUGCGCCGACCGCGGCGGCGGCAUCGUCGUCGCCGACGACCUGAGCACCAGCGUCCCGGACAUUUACGCCAUCGGCGAGUGCGCCAGCUGGCAGGGCCAGACCUUUGGCCUCAUCGCCCCCGGCGUCGAGAUGGCCGACGUCCUCUCCUUCAACCUCACACAGGCCAAGCUGCACCAGCCGCGGGCCUUCAAGAGGCCCGACCUCAGCACCAAGCUGAAGCUCAUGGGCGUCAACGUCGCCAGCUUCGGCGACUUCUUCGCCGACCGCGACGGCCCGCAGUACCUGCCCCCCAAGGCGGCCCGCAAGGCCAAGAAGGGCGACGAGCGGAGCGCGCUCGAGACGUUGACCAACGGCCUGCCGCCGGCCCCCGUCAAGGCGCUCACGUACCGCGACCCGUUCCAGAACGUGUACAAGAAGUACAUCUUCACCGAGGACGGCAAGUACCUGCUGGGCGGCAUGAUGAUCGGCGACACCAAGGACUUCAUCAAGCUGGUGCCCGUCGUCAAGGACAUGAAGGAGCUGGACGUGCCCCCCAGCCAGCUCAUCCUCGGCGCCAACAAGGAGGUCGAGGACGACGGGGACGACCUGACGGACGACGUCCAGAUCUGCUCGUGCCACAACGUGACCAAGGGCGACGUCGCCAACUCGGUCAAGGACGGCUCCUGCAAGACGCUCGGCGAGGUCAAGUCCUGCACCAAGGCCGGCACCGGCUGCGGCGGCUGCAUGCCGCUGGUGACGACCAUCUUCAACAGGACGAUGCUGUCCAUGGGCAACGAGGUCAAGAACCACCUCUGCGCCCACUUCAACUACUCGCGCGCCGACCUGUACAGCAUCAUCCUCGUCAAGAAGCUGCAGACGCUCGGCGAGGUCAUGCGCGAGGCCGGCAACGACCCGGACUCGCUCGGCUGCGAGGCCUGCAAGCCCGCCGUCGCCAGCAUCUUCGCGUCCCUGUGGAACCGCCACGUCAUGGACCGGCCCGUACACGGCCUGCAGGAGACCAACGACCGCUUCCUCGGCAACAUCCAGCGCAACGGCACCUACAGCGUCAUCCCGCGCGUGUCGGCCGGCGAGAUCACGCCGGACAAGCUCAUCGCCAUCGGCAACGUGGCGGCCAAGUACAACCUCUACACAAAGAUCACGGGCGGGCAGCGCAUCGACAUGUUCGGCGCCCGGAAGCAGGACCUGCUCGACAUCUGGCGCACGCUGAUCGACGCCGGCAUGGAGUCGGGGCACGCGUACGCAAAGUCGCUGCGGACGGUCAAGAGCUGCGUCGGCACGACGUGGUGCCGCUACGGCGUCGGCGACAGCGUCGGCAUGGCGGUGCGGCUGGAGGAGCGGUACAAGAGCAUCCGCGCGCCGCACAAGAUCAAGGGUGGCGUCAGCGGCUGCGUCCGCGAGUGCGCCGAGGCCCAGAAUAAGGACUUCGGUCUCAUCGCCACCGACAAGGGCUUCAACAUCUUCGUGGCUGGCAACGGCGGCGCCAAGCCCAAGCACUCGGAGCUGCUCGCCAAGGACGUGCCCCCGACCGAGGUCAUCCCCAUCCUCGACCGGUACCUGAUGUUCUACAUCCGCACGGCCGACAAGCUGCAGCGGACGGCGCGCUGGCUCGAGAACCUGCCGGGCGGGCUCAAGUACCUCCAGGAGGUGGUGCUCGAGGACAAGCUGGGCAUCUGCGCGUCGCUCGAGGCGCAGAUGCAGGAGCUCGUCGACAGCUUCUUCGACGAGUGGGCCGAGGCCAUCAAGAACCCGGCCAUCGCGGCCAAGUUCCGGCAGUUCGACAACACGGACGAGGCGGUCGAGAACAUGGAGGUCGAGGUCGAGCGCGGCCAGGCCCGGCCCGUGUACUGGGCGCCGGACGCGGCCAAGGAGGACUUCAAGGGCCUCGCGGGCCGGUGGACGAGCACGGCGUGGCAGCCCGUGCUGCCGGCCGAUCACUUCGCGGGCGCCGACGAGACGCCCAGCGGCAUCUCGGCGACGGUCAAGCGCGGCGACACGCAGCUGGCGGUGUGGCGCGUCCGCGGGCGGUACUACGCGACGCAGCAGAUGUGCCCGCACAAGCGGCAGUUCGCGCUGUCGGACGGGCUGAUUGGCGAGGCGCUAGCCGGCGCCGAGACGUGCGACGACGCCAAGAAGCCCGACUCGGGGUGCGGCAGCGCCAACGGCGGUGGCGGCGGCAACGACGCGGGGCGGCGGUCGGCGCCGUGGGUGUCGUGCCCGUACCACAAGCGCAACUUCGACCUGGCGGACGGCAGCUGCAGCAACGACGGGGAGCUGAGCAUCGCGACGUUCGACGCCGAGGAGCGGGCGGACGGGCUGGUGUAUCUGCGGCUGCCGCCGGUCGAGGAGCUGGACGCGGCGCUGGGGACGGCGCGGUGGAAGGUGCGCAAGGGCGAGGCGGGCGCGUCGCCGUUCGAGGGGCUCGACAAGAAGAUCAACUUCAAGGGCCACCGCGCCAAGAAGCCCGGGGUCCGGCCGAUGGCCCCACUUAAGAUGCAGAAACCGGCGCAGCUCCUGGUCGGCGGCGGCGGCGGCGGGUGCGGGAGCGCGCCGGAUUGGUAGGGGUUCGGGUUCCAUUUUUCUUUUUCAAUUUUUUUUUUUUUUUUUCACUGGCAAGGGCGUUUGCGGGACUUGGGGAAGAUGAUUGCAUCGAAUGGAACGAACAACACGGGAUCGAGUAGGGUAAACAAAAAGAACUUUGGCGUUUAAUGGUCUACAGAGAAAUAGGUGUCCAGAAGCAGCAUCAUAUUUGCGUGAUGCCGUCCAGGACGGGGACGACGGCCGGUUACACCAGUAAAAGCGACGAG